AUGAUUUCUAAUUCAGAAGGAGACUUUGAAUAUGAUUCAGAACCAGAAGAUGACUAUGAAGCUGAAGUCGAGUCUGAUUCUAAAGUAGGUUUUGAAGAUGAUUCAGAGUCAAAAGAUGACUCUGAAGUUGAAGUCGAGUCUGAUUUUGAAGGAGAAUUUGAAGAUGAGUCAGAAUCAGAUGAUGAUUAUGAUGUUGAAGGUGAAUCUAAUUCUGAUCUAGGUUCUGAUGAUGAUCUAGAAUCUGGUGGUCAAAUAUCUGAAGAUGAAUCUGAGUCUGAGGUGACUCUAACGGAGACUCUGAAAGUGAUCCAGACUCUGAUGAUCCAGAAUCUGGUGGUCAAAUAUCUGAAGGUAGUGUUUCUGGAGGAGGGCUAG